GAAGCCAGAAGCUCAUACUGCGUAGUUGUGUUGUGUAGGAGAGCACAAAACACUGUAAACCCUGGAGCUGGAGUUGUGUAGGUGUAAAGCUGCGUGUAAAACAUGUUCACAUGAUCAGAUCACGUCGGUAUGGUACAACACUACAGUAGGCUAUAUUCGCUUAUUAUUAAACUUGACUGGAGCAUAUAACGCGUCUGGUUUAUGGCUUGAAAGUGUGGAAGGGGCAAACUGAAACAGCAAAAAAAGAAGAAGAAAAAAGCCCCGACCACAUUCUCGGAAUAGCGGUGAAAUGUCAGGCUGCUCCUGCGUGUCUAUUCGGGGGAAUUUAGUUUCUUCUUCUCGGAUCUAGUUCCUCUGACUCCGCGAUGGAAAGCAUCAAGCCGAACCCAGACGUACGGACCAUGAACGAGUGUUUCGUGAAGACCAUCUCAGCUCUAACCGUGGACGAUGUGUACGAUAUCGCCAAGCUGAUCGGCUCAGACGUGGAAAAGUUAAUCGACAGCUACGGCAAAACCAGUGUCGAGAGUUUGGUGCCUAAAAUUGUGAAGGUGCUGGAGCUCUUAGAGAGUUUCACGGCCAGCUAUCACACACACAAAUCUAAAGAGGAGAACCUACUGAGGGCUUUUGAAACACUACGGGUUCAGCAGAAAGACUCUCUGACGGACACGCGCGACUGGCAGCAGAAAGAGCAGAAAUGGAGGUUGGAGAUAGAUGCAAUGAAGAAGGAGAUGCUGCAGCUACAGGAGGAGAACCAAGAACUGCUGGUUCGCCUGGAGAGCUCCCUCUCUAAAGAAGACCGUACACAACGUCAGGAGAGAGAGGUGAUGCUCAAACUUAAAGAGGUGGUGGAUAAACAGCGUGAUGAGCUCAGAGCCAAAGUGCUGGAGAUAUCCAAGAUGUCUAAAGAAGUAGAAGCGCUCCAGGAGCAGUUGGAUCGCUUUAUGAAGAUGAACGGAGAGUUAAGGACUAAACAGGGCAUGAUGCAAACUCAGCUGAAGAGCAUGGCCGAGAGGAAAGUAGACCUUGAGACUGACCUGUCUGAGAAAGAGAAAGAGAUAGAGAGACUCGUCACGCAGCUGGAGCAGGCCAAGGCAAACACAACUCCUGACACGAACAGUCCUCCAACUGACAUGACUUUUAAGAUGAUCAUUGACCUGCGGGACCCGAAUAGACCGUGUUUCACCAAGCAGGAAGUGCGAGACAUUUUGUUUGAGAGGAAUGAGCUAAAGGCAAAUCUUUUCCUGGUGCAAGAGGAGCUUAAUUUCUACCAGCGCGAGAUUAUGAGUGAUGAGAGAUGUCCUGGCUUCUUAUUGGAAGCAGUGCGUGGCGCUAUAAAGAAACAGAGGACCAUCAUUAAGGCCAAAAUGCUGGGUAUACCAGAGGAUGACUGCAGCAGUGAUGAAGAGAAAGGACCUUUGUUCGAGACAAGAAAAGAUGAAGACUGCCCUGACAGCAGACCUCGAGAAUCACGCAUCAGAAGCCUCUUUGGCUACCUGAGCCGCUCGGGCAGUGAUAGGAGCGGCCAUCAGAUCAGCAGUUCUGCGUGGGAAAUCAUCAACGCUGAGGAGCACACACCUGAAGUGGAGAAUGGGCCUGGAGGCUCUUCCUAAAAACCAAAACGUUUUUUUCCCGCCUUUUCACAGCAUCAAGGAACUGUGUAGAACUAACCAUAUAAAUAAAAACAUAUUCACAGAUCUGUAGAGUUUAACAAAGAGAGCACAUUAGAUCAGAUUCUAUACUUUUUUAUGCCAAAUGUUUUUUAUUCGAGAGCUUAUAUUGUUAAGCCCGAAUUGUUUGAGGUCAGUUUGCAGAUGCUCUGAAUAAUUUAUUUUUUCAAGUAGGGCUAUGUGUAUAAAAAGAUGAAACAAAGAUCAAACAUAGAAGUAGAAAGAAUAGAUUUAAAAAGACGUGUCGAAAAUUUGGGUUGUAUGACAGUAAUAUAUUUUUCCCUGUGUAUAAAUAAUAAAAUGGAGAAAAAGAAGAAAGGAUAGAUGAUACUAUAAUUUGCUAAUAAUAACUUUGUCACAUGAAAUUGUGUUUAUUACUUAUUUAUAUAUAAAAAAGGAAAGCACUAGAAAUGAGCAAAAAACAUUUAUUUUGUGUACUAGAAAUCUAUAUUCGUAACUGAUAGUGUACCUUCAGUUAAUAUAAUGAAAAUGUAUAGGAAGAAACAGCAUUAAUAUGUUCGUGUGUUUCUAUAUUUUGUAAAGAGUGUAUUUUAGUAUAAUCUGUAAAACCAAAGAUGCCAACUUGUAUUCGAACCAACGAUGAUGAUCACACCGGUAUUCUUUUCUACCAGCAGGGGUCAUUACUGUGUUUCAUGUUUUUUGGUGUUUAUUUACAGCUAAUUCAUAGGACACAUGGUUUAUGCUUUUAAAAUUGCUCAGCUCAACUAUUUAAUGCUUUUUAACUUUUAGUGUUCAUAUAACUUGUAAAAAAUGAAAUCUUGAGGUGGAGUAAAUUUAACUGCAUUAAAAACUGGAUAAAGGGUAAACUACUACAAAGUUCCACAUUUCAUAUGAAUUGCAGCUUUCCACUGAAUAUUUUGAUUAUUAAUAACUGCUAAUAUAAAUUAUCUGCUAGUUAUGAGCUAGUUUGAAAGACCAACACAUUUGUUUGAAGGCCAAAGAGAUUCAGAAAGGUAAAUUUGACUGAGUACAUCUGAAUAGCGUUAUGUGAUAUAAUUUAGAGUAACCCUUCAUUUCCUUCAGGAAAACAGUCACAGAAUAGUCUGGUGUUUGGAAGUAUAGAAACCAAGACUAUCCUGUCUAUGUCAGUGUAGACAUAUUUGAUCAUUUAUCAUUUUCUCAGUGUGAAAAUUGCUCUGUUUGACUAUUUUUGUAUGGCUAUGUAAAAUACAUUUCUUUGAGAUAUAAAUCUAAAUAAAUCUAUUAUAAGUGA